UGGCAGGCGGCGGGGGCCGGUGAGGGCGCCGGGGCCGCUAGGAGUGGCUGGGCGCGGAGAGGCGCGCUCCGGGACUCGGACGGCGCGGCGCCGGCCGCUGCGAGCGCCACUGAGCGCACUCCCCUCGGGUCGCGCAACUUCUCUGCCGGGGCGCCGGAGCCCGCAGAGCCGCUCGGAGCCCCGGAGCCGCAGGAGCGCAAAAGAGGGGCGCGCCGGAGCCUGGCUCCGGAGUGCGCGCCCGGCACCCAUCGCGCUCCGAGCGCCGGGCGGCCCUCCGCGCAGCGUGGCUGCCGCUGCUCCCACCGAGGGCACGGGCUGGCUCGGCCCGGCGCCGGGGAGGACGGCGAGGAGGAGGCGGCGGCGGCGGAGACGGCGGCGGCGAGGCUGGGGCCAGGGAGAAAGCCCUGGGGGAGAGGCACCCGAGCCGGGCCGCGGGAUCAUGUGGGCCCGCAGCGGAACGCCGGGCGCUUUGCUGAUGGCGCUGCUACUCUGCUGGGACCCGAGGCUGAGCCAAGCAGGCCCUGACCCUGGCAGCCAGGUGCUGCCCGACUCCUUCCCGUCGGCGCCGGCCGAGCCGCUGCCCCACUUCCUGCAGGAGCCGCAGGACGCCUACCUGGUGAAGAGCAAGCCCGUGGAGCUGCGCUGCCGCGCCCGCCCCGCCACGCAGGUCUACUUCAAGUGCAAUGGCGAGUGGGUCGGCCAGAAGGACCACGCCACGCAGGAGGGGCUGGACGAGGCCACCGGCCUGCGGGUGCGUGAAGUGCAGAUCGAGGUGUCGCGGCAGCAGGUGGAGGAGCUCUUUGGGCUGGAGGAUUACUGGUGCCAGUGUGUGGCCUGGAGCUCCGCGGGCACCACCAAGAGUCGCCGGGCCUACGUGCGCAUUGCCUACCUGCGCAAGAACUUCGACCAGGAGCCUCUGGGCAAGGAAGUGCCCCUGGACCACGAGGUUCUCCUGCAGUGCCGCCCCCCAGAGGGGGUGCCUGUGGCCGAGGUGGAAUGGCUCAGGAAUGAGGAUGUCAUCGACCCCACCCAGGACACCAACUUCCUGAUCACCAUCGACCACAACCUCAUCAUCCGCCAGGCCCGCCUGUCGGACACGGCCAACUACACCUGUGUGGCCAAGAACAUCGUGGCCAAGCGCCGGAGCACCACGGCCACCGUCAUCGUCUACGUGAAUGGCGGCUGGUCCAGCUGGGCAGAGUGGUCGCCCUGCUCCAACCGCUGUGGCCGAGGCUGGCAGAAGCGCACCCGGACCUGCACCAACCCCGCCCCGCUCAACGGAGGUGCCUUCUGUGAGGGCCAGGCCUUCCAGAAAACCGCCUGCACCACCGUGUGCCCAGUGGACGGGGCCUGGACAGAGUGGAGCAAGUGGUCGGCCUGCAGCACCGAGUGCGCCCACUGGCGCAGCCGCGAGUGUAUGGCGCCCCCACCCCAGAACGGAGGCCGCGACUGCAGCGGGACCCUGCUGGACUCCAAGAACUGCACGGACGGGCUGUGCAUGCAGAAUAAGAGGACUCUAAGCGACCCCAAAAGCCACCUCCUGGAGGCCUCAGGAGAUGUGGCCCUGUACGCGGGCCUCGUGGUGGCCAUCUUGGUGGUGGUGGCAGUCCUCAUGGCCGUGGGCGCCGUGGUGUACCGCCGCAACUGUCGCGACUUCGACACGGACAUCACGGACUCGUCCGCUGCCCUCACUGGGGGCUUCCACCCAGUCAACUUCAAGACUGCGAGGCCCAGCAACCCUCAGCUCCUGCACCCCUCGGUGCCCCCCGACCUGACAGCCAGCGCUGGCGCCUACCGUGGGCCAGUGUACGCCCUGCAGGACGCGGCCGACAAGAUCCCCAUGACCAACUCGCCCCUGCUUGACCCCCUGCCCAGCCUCAAGAUCAAGGUCUACAGCUCCAGCACCACUAGCUCCGGGCCCGGCCGGCCAGACGGGGCCGACCUGCUGGGAGUCACCUACCCGCCGGGCACCUACCCUGGCGACUUCUCCCGAGAUGCACACUUCCUGCACCUGCGCAGCGCCAGCCUGGGCUCCCAGCAACCCCUGGGCCUGGCCCGGGACCCGGGCAGCAGCGUCAGCGGCACCUUCGGUUGCCUGGGUGGGAGGCUCAGCCUCCCGGGCACAGGGGUCAGCCUACUGGUGCCCAAUGGAGCCAUUCCCCAGGGCAAGUUCUACGAGAUGUACCUGCUUAUCAACAAGGCGGAAAGCACCCUCCCGCUGUCAGAAGGGACCCAGACAGUACUGAGCCCCGCGGUGACCUGCGGGCCAACGGGCCUCCUGCUGUGCCGCCCAGUCAUCCUCACGGUGCCCCACUGUGCAGAGGUCACUGCUGGUGACUGGAUCUUCCAGCUCAAGACCCAGGCCCACCAGGGCCACUGGGAGGAGGUGGUGACCCUGGACGAGGAGACCCUGAACACCCCCUGCUACUGCCAGCUGGAGGCCAGGUCCUGCCACGUCCUGCUGGACCAGCUGGGCACCUACGUCUUCACGGGCGAGUCCUACUCCCGCGCGGCCUGCAAGCGGCUGCAGCUGGCUGUCUUCGCCCCGGCCCUGUGCACCUCCCUGGAGUACAGCCUCAGGGUCUACUGCCUCGAGGACACGCCCGUGGCCCUGAAGGAGGUGCUAGAGGUGGAGCGGACGCUGGGGGGCUACCUGGUGGAGGAGCCCAAGCCCCUGCUGUUCAAGGACAGUUACCACAACCUGCGCCUCUCCCUGCACGACGUCCCCCAUGCCCACUGGAGGAGCAAGCUGCUGGCCAAGUACCAGGAGAUCCCCUUCUGUCACAUCUGGAGUGGCAGCCAGAAGGCCGUGCACUGCACGUUCACCCUGGAGCGGCACAGCCUGGCCGCCACCGAGCUCACCUGCAAGAUCUGCGUGCGGCAGGUGGAAGGGGAGGGCCAGAUAGUCCAGCUGCACACCACGCUGGCCGAGACUCCUGCUGGCUCCUUGGAUGCCCUCUGCUCUGCGCCCGGCAGCGCCGUCACCACCCAGCUGGGACCCUAUGCCUUCAAGAUCCCGCUGUCCAUCCGCCAAAAGAUAUGCCACAGCCUCGAUGCCCCCAGCUCGAGGGGCAGUGACUGGCGGCUGCUGGCGCAGAAGCUCUCCAUGGACCGGUACCUGAAUUACUUUGCCACCAAAGCGAGUCCCACGGGCGUGAUCCUGGACCUCUGGGAAGCUCUGCAGCAGGACGACGGGGACCUCAACAGCCUGGCGAGUGCCUUGGAGGAGAUGGGCAAGAGCGAGAUGCUGGUGGCCAUGGCCACUGACGGGGACUGCUGAGUGCCCAGAACCACGGGCCAUCAGGGACAGGCAGAGGCCAUGCACGGAGGCCGGGGUAGCCUCCUCAUGGAGGCCGACAGUGGAGUUGCCCCCGCUCCUCCCCCUUCCGACCACAACCAGCCUUAGAAAAGCCACGCCCUGCGCUGCCCAAAGGGCCGGUGCUCCUAGCCUGCUGCCUCCCCUGGCCUCACUCCCCGUGGGAGCUGGGGCAGGCCCUGGGCACUUCGCGGGGCCAGGAGGUGGCCCUUCCUCCACCCACCUCCUGAGUCCCUGGGGUCGGUUCCGUUCUCACACUCCCUCUCCCUCCGCCGCGGACUCCUCCAGCCCCACUCCCUCUCCCUCUCCCCCCGGUCCCCACAGUCCAGGCCAUCGCUCCCCGUCCACAGGCAAGAAGUGAAGGAGGACAAGCAGGCGCCUCGGGCCAGCAGGGCCAGGAAGAGAAACGCCCCCCAGGGAAGGGAAAGCCCAGUUUCUUAGGAAACGCAAACCAUUUUUAUCCAGAUAUUUGGAUAGGUCCUUUUUAAGAAAAAGAAAAAAAAGAAAGAAAGAAAAUGAACAAAAAAAAAAAAAUGGAAAACUUUUUCCCCCCAGUACAGGUGAGAGUGGGUGUGUUCUGUCCGAGUGAGUGUGUGCGUGUGUCAGGGAGAGACUGAGCGGAUUCUGAGACUGAAGGUCUCUGCUGCUGAGGGAUCUCUUUGGACUAAAGGCUGACGAGGCCUCAGUUCCCCAGCGGUGAAGGGAGCCAGUCAGGCAGGCUCUUGGCCCUGAGUUGCCCCCAGGGACAGGGACAGGGCGCUCCCACAGCCCGCAGACCCCAGGAGGAGCAGGUCGGGGCCCGGGCAGCUGUGGCCGGGCGAAGGCCCUUCUCUCUUCUUGGUCUGGUGGCUCCUGGGAGGCGUGUGGCCUGGAGUGGCCCCCGGAGCUGAGCCGAGGACACACGCUCCAGGACCCCUCCUUCCUGGGGAGGGGCCUGGGUCACUGCAGCCCCACCGCAGCCAGCAGUCUCAGACCAGGGGACUCCUGGCACCCAGGACCCACGGUCUGCCCUUGCCCAGCCUCUGCUCCCGUGCAACGGAAGGGGCUGUCAGAGGCCUGUCACCCCACAUGGCUCUGGGGUGGCGUUGGGGCAGGUGUUGCUAUCAGCCUGGGUGGGGAGACCGCAUGUCCCCCAGGAGUGUCGGGGGGAGUCCAAGCCCCACCUCUGAUCCCAGCAGGCGCCUCCUUCAACCCCCCAUCACUGCUGUGUGGAAGUGGGUGGGGCUCCCAGGAUGGAGGAGCUGCCCCCCCCCCCCCAGCCUGUUCUGGAAUGUUCCAAGGGCCUCUAAGGAGAAACGAGUUCCCGGCCCCUUUUGGCCUGACCACAGGGCAGAGACCAGGACCUCACGGUGGACAGGGGGUUCAUCCAAGGCUCCUCCCCCUGGGUCCCCAAGGCAAGGCAGGGGUCAGUCUUGGCACCUUGGCCUUUGCCACUUUGGUCUCCUGAGAGGGGAGCAGGUGUUAGGGCUGCGGUCCCAGCGUGUCCCCAGCCUGGCCUCCCUGCAGUGGACCUGGGGGCUCCUGGGGCUUCUUCCCCCCACCACUGGAGCGGGGUUGGCCACAGGCAGGGGAGGCCUGCUGGAGGCUGUAGAGGGGAUUCCUUCCCUGGGCCUGUGCUGGGGUCGGCCGGGUUCUGGGCUCUGGCCCAGGUGGUUCUGUGGCGCUGCCUUAGGGCUGCAGUGAGCCUGUUGUACCAAGAGCGCCGGCUCCUGUGGGUUGCCCCCGCCCCACGCCACUGUUUACCAGCACAGGUGAGGGCCUCUUCCUGUCUGGAGAUCACAGUCCAUGGUGGGCUCUGCUGGUGCUGCCCCCUCACAGGCUCUAAAACACCCACCUGCAGCUCAAGAGCAGGAAUUAAGUUCCAUCUCUGCGGUGAAACUGCUGUGUGACCUUAGGUACAUCACUGCCUUCUCUGGGCCUAAUAUCCUUUUUAUGCCUAGAAGGCCCUGCAGCUGUCUGAGGCCCACACCAUUCUCUGGGUUUUGGAAGGGACCCCUCAUGGGUAAAGUUGACCACAAUCUGCCUGCUAUGUCCCCUCCGCCUCCCAGGACAGGGGCUCUUGGUGGUGGUGGGGGCAGCCAGCCAGUUCCAAUCUGACUUCCAGAAAUUAUGGACCAGAGCCUGGAGCUCAGAACCAACCGGCUGGGCCCUUCCAGCAGUCGUCCCCACACUGCCAUCUUGGGGUGGGGUCGGAGGCGGCUCUGACUCCUUCCUGAGGAGCAGCCUGGGUGCUGUCCCCGUCAGCAGCGUGGGUGCCGCAGGGGCCUGUCAGGGCCGCACAGGGGUGUCCCGUCUCUCGUCCCUUCGGUGUGUGUGCGCAUGCGUUUCUCCCUGGGCACAGGAUGCCCCUCUGGGAAGCUGCGCCUGUCCCCACCUGCGUGGGGGGCGUGGCCUCCUCUCCGCCCCAGGUUUGCACACCUGGAGGUGGGGACCCUUCUCUGUCCCCCCAAGUCCACAGGGUGUCAGUGCAUCCUCUACGUGCCUCUGCCUUCCCUGCCCCGGGCUUUGGCACCCGGGCCAGGGGCCACCUCAUCUGGACCAGCCAGGCCCCCCAGUCCCCUUCCCCAGCUCCCAGGCAACUGAGCCGGGUCCCUUAGCAGGCCUCUGAGGACAGGUGACCGGGAGCCUGGGAAGGGGGCCGCUGUCCUUGGGACAAAGGGCUGGACCCCUGCCUGGGUCAUGGGCACCGUUCUAUGUCCAGAGGGGCACAGGACCCAGGGAUGGCCCCCAAUCCCCCCUGUGUUUUUUCUGUAAACUCCAACCUGUACAUAACGUUUAGCAUUCCUAUUGUAACAAAAUUAAUUUUUAUGAAAUAAAUUAUAUUUCCUAGUCUAAUAAAAAAGUCC